CUAGUAUUGUUUUAUCUGCAUUGAAUGAACAAGUACUUUCUGUGAUCUCCUCUGUUAAAGCUGAAGCUUGCAUGUCAACAUCUAAUCUGCGAAUGGCAGACUCCACUAUGGCUCAAUUAAGCUCUCUUCAGGAGAUGUUGAUGAAUGUUUUGUCCUCAGUUUUGUCAGACAACUUUUUAGCCUCAUGGAACAGAUUUACGGAUAUGGCAAUUCCACCAGUGAUGUCAUUCGUGUCUGAUUUCAUGUUGAGUGCCCUUCAAACACCAGUGGAUUUUCUAAACCUGGGAUUACAGUUUGGUAUUGAUACCCCUACCAUAGACAAGAGUGAGAAGUGUCAACAAGGUGAUCUUAAACAGCUUAUCAUGUGGGGCAUGAAUCAUAAUGUAAGCUGGUCUUUUGGACAGUCACUUCUGGAUAUGUUUUUGGCCCCUGAAACUCCACCUUGCGUUUUCCCAAGUCCAGAAUGCCAGGCCACAGGCAGCAUCGAGUUGGGUCGAUCUGGCCCUCCCUCAGUGAACAUUCCGUCGUUUAGUCUCACCUGCGAACAGCAAAGCCUGAACCAACUCAACGAAACCCUUUGUGCAGCAUUUUUAGGAGCAACAUCUCAAGAAUCCUAUGUCCUUUAUCAGAUGUGUCGAGCACUCGGCACACUCUCUCAAACUGAAAUGACAAAGGUCUGGAGGAACGCAUGUCACAUGAUCAAGAACAUCAGCUUAACUUUCAUUGAGCCCUGCAGUGAUCCUGGCAUCGCACAGUCAAGUCGUAUUGCACGGUCCACUCUCAACCUCAGUGAACCACUCUGCGACUAUCAGAACUGGACUAUUGCUGACGCUGUGGACCCAGCUCUGGUCACAAUGUGCAGUGAAAAUGAUCGUGCAACAUUCAUUCUUGCAGUGUGUAACAAUGCUGAAGCUGUGCAAGUGCUGGUCAGAAAUCCUAGCAAUGCAUGGGUGUGGGAAUUCUGUGUAAACGUGUCAGACACUAACAUAGUGCACCUGUAUUGUUCAUAUAACAUGUGGACUGCUGAAAACAUCGAUCCAUCAAUAGUGACGUUUUGCUGGUAUAAUGACAUGGAGAGAUUUCAGUUUUUUCUGUGUGACAGUAUGCCCUUCUUUAUGGUUGUGUUCUCCAGUGAAGAAAACAACUGGCUGAAUCCCAAUUGCUCUCAACCUCCUCCACAAAUCGACAUCAACAGCCUUGUGGCUGAGUCGUGCAAAUACUCAGAAUGGAAGAACGUACGCGCAAUCAGCCCUGAACAGAUCUCUGUUUGUAUACAAAAUGAUGAGGUUCGAUUCAUUAAUGAUGUGUGUGUUAAUCAGACGUUUGUCACUGAACUUUUGCUUAACAGCGCAAAUGCUUGGGUAGAGCAGUAUUGCACAUAUUCUGUCAGGAAUCCCCCUACAAGCCCACCGCCACUGAGCAUUGAAGUUUGGUGUAACUAUAGCACAUGGAUUAACAUGUCUGUGGAUCCGUCUGUGGUCGCUUUAUGCAGGCAGUACGACCAGAUCGGCUUCCAUCAGAACGUCUGUUGCAACAUACCCUUGUAUGGCAAGUUGUCUCUUCAUAUUGACAACCUAUGGCUGAUUAGAGAGUGCUCUGAUAAUGACACCACAAAUGUGUUGGAGCAAGUUUGCGUCUAUUCAGAUUGGAGCCAACCUACUAUUGUAGACAUGACUGACCUUGCUCUCUGUGCAGAUCUUGACACUGAGAACUUCACUCGGAAUGUAUGUGCCAAUGCUACGGUUCUCCAGAAUCUGCUGGCAAAUUUAGACAACACCUGGUUAUUGGAGCAAUGCUUAAACCUGACUGCGCCUGGCGGGGGGAGCCUGAUAGGUGUCCGACUGGCCGAGCAGUGUCAGUACUCCAGUUGGGCUUUGGUGCUCCCGGAUGCUGCUCUCCUCGCUCUUUGCUGGGACUAUGACCAGGCCAACUUUAUCUCUUUCGUCUGUGGUGAUUCUUCCAUGCUCACCCACAUCACUCGGGAGCCCUCCAGCCUCUGGGUCGGCACUCUCUGUGCUACAUACACAUCUCCCCGAACCCCCAGUGUCAGUGGGAGCAACGAAACAGCUCCCCAGCCAUGUUUAACUAGGGAGUUAGCUAAGAAGCUAAACUGGACAUGCAACACAGACUUCAGCACUUUCUGCCAACCAGGUGCCAGUCAAGUCCAGGGUCUGCGGGUGCUGUUGCGCUGUGGGAUAAAGAACAUACAACCUCGUCUGGAGAAUCUCAUGACUACACGGGUGACAUCGAUGGUCAAGCAGGCCACCAGCCUGUGGGUUGUCCUGCUGUUGGCUCUAGAAGAAAACAAUUUGAUCUCUCUGAGGGUGACCGAGAAUAUUCAGCUUAGUGUAUUUGACUCAGUUGUCAUCUACAUGGACAAUGAGACCAACUUUGACAACAAGCGUGUGCUUUUGCAGUGCUUUGGGAAAGUUCUGACCAGUCUGAUGCAAACCGGGAGAGAUGUGCCCACUAACUUUUUCCUGAUCAAGGCAACUUUAUUUGCAUUGUUUGAGUAG